AUGGUCGACUCAUAUGAAUACACCAUCUAUCGGGGCACGUUCAUCCAGCUGCCUCGCGGGGACUCAAGCCGAAAGCCGGAACUUGUUCGCAACCAGGGUGCCCUAUGGGUCUCCUCUGCCGACGGGCGGAUCAAAGGAAUUGACUGGCAGGCUCAGGACGAUGCAAAAUUUCAGGAGUUAAUGAGACGCCAUGGCUGGGUGGACGUGGAUACGGCUACCAAUGGCAACGACGCCAACGAUUCCACUGUAAAUGUCAAGAUUGUCACUACCAGUGAAGAGAGGAAUGAGUUCUUCUUCCCUGGAUUCAUAGAUACCCAUAUUCAUGCGCCACAGUUUCCCAAUGUCGGACUGUUUGGCUCUUCCACUCUUCUAGACUGGCUAGAAACAUACACCUUCCCCGUGGAAUUAGGAUUCGGAUCUAAAUCCGAUCCCAAAAACCAAGACAAGAACCCUAAAGACGCACCGCCUUCAGCACUGCGCAUCUACGAUCAAGUGGUUGCUCGAACUCUUUCUCACGGCACUACGUGCGCCUCCUACUUCGCGACAGUCCAUGUCCCAGCGACAAAUGCCCUUGCUGCGCUCUGCCACUCACGCGGCCAACGCGCUUUCAUUGGUAGAACCUGCAUGGAUAACCCAGACUUCUGCCCUGAUUACUAUCGCGACCAAUCUGCCGACGACUCCAUCAGCGCAACAAGAUCAACAAUAGAGUACAUCCACACUUUGGACCCAAAGGGAACUCUCGUCAAGCCUAUCGUCACACCCCGUUUCGUGCCAACCUGCACUCGUCCCGCUCUAGAAGGUCUGGGCAAAUUAGUCGCAGAGUAUAACCCACCGCUGCACAUCCAAACGCAUAUCUCAGAAAACACAAACGAAGUUGCCCUCGUCAAGGACCUCUUCCCCGAAUGCCCGAGCUAUGCCUCUGUCUACGAUACAUACAAUCUCCUCACGCCGCGCACUAUCCUCGCUCACGCAGUUCACCUAACAGCCGACGAGCGUGCCCUGGUUCGCAAGCGCGACGCCAAGGUCUCUCAUUGUCCUGCCUCAAACGCUGCUCUUGGCUCCGGAAUUGCCCCGAUUCGCGCCAUGCUCGACGAGGGUAUCACUGUCGGUCUCGGGACCGAUGUUAGCGGUGGGUAUAGUCCUAGUAUCCUUGAAGCUGCACGCCAGGCUUGUCUAUCUUCUCGGCUCUUGGGUCAUACUACUGCCCAUGCGGAAUGCAAACCGGUUAACGGAUUUGAUAAGACAGAGGGUCGUGAGAAGCUUUCUGUCGCUGAGAGUCUGUAUCUCGCUACACGUGGUGGUGCUGCAGUCGUCGACAUGGUGGAUGAGAUCGGUGGGUUCGAUGAAGGCAUGAUCUGGGACGCGCAGCUUAUCGAGCUGGGAGGUGUCGGUGAUUCGUGUGAAUGCCCACUCGAUGUGGUGUCCGAUGGCAAUAGAAGCCUUGUGAGGCCCGGUCCGGUAGGGAAUGUCGAUCUCUUCGGAGCUGAAACCUGGGAGGAGAAGAUGCAGAAGUGGGUAUGGAGUGGUGAUGAUCGCAACACCAAGGCUGUUUGGGUCGGUGGGCGGUUAGUUCACCAGAGGGCUUAG